AUGUCUGAAUUUCUGCAAGUCUCUAAUAGCUCCAAAAUCCAGGUUUCUGAGUUCCUCCUGCUGGGAUUCCCUGGCAUCCACAGCUGGCAACACUGGCUGUCCAUACCCAUGAUACCACCCUACCUGUCGGCAGCUGGUGCCAAUCUCCUCAUCCUUGUCACCAUCUACCAGGACCCUGGUCUGCAGCAGCCUAUGUAUCAGUUUCUGAGCAUCCUGUCUCUGGUAGAUAUGGGCCUCGCCACUACCAUGAUCCCCAGGAUCCUGGUCAACUUCUGGUUCGGCGUCAAGGUCAUCAGCCUCCUUGAGUGCUGCAUUCAGAUGUAUUUCAUUCAUUUCUUCAUUGGCAUGGAGUCUGGGAUCUUCCUCUGCAUGGCUUUUGAUAGAUAUGUGGCCAUCUGCCACCCUCUUCGCUACCCAACCAUUGUCACCCGUGGCUUAGUGGCAAAAGCUGUCCUGCUCAUGGUGCUCAGAAAUGGUGUGUUUGUCAUCCCCAUACCUCUGCUCGCAGCCCAGCGUGACUAUUGCUCCAAGAAUGAGAUUGACCAUUGUCUGUGCUCUAACCUUGGGGUCACAAGUCUGGCUUGUGAUGACAACUGGCCAAACAAAAUUACCCAGUUGCUUCUGGCCUGGUUUGGACUAGGAGGUGAUCUGAGUCUUAUAUUGUUGUCCUAUACUUUGAUUCUGUACACUGUGCUUCAACUAAAAUCGCCCGACGCUACUUCAAAGGCUUUGAGAACAUGUAGCUCCCAUCUCAUCCUCAUCUUCAUCUUCUAUACAAACAUUGUGGUGGUCUCCGUGACUCAGCUGACAGAGUUCAAGGACAAAUUGAUUCAAGUGGCACUCAAUGUGCUGAGCAAUGUCCUCCCCCCGUCCCUCAACCCUCUGGUCUAUGCAUUCAGGACUAAGGAACUUAGGGCUGGUUUCAGAAAGGUAUUUGCUUUGGAUGCUAAAAAGAAAUGA